GGUCGUCCUCGUGAGGCGGCCGCUGGAGCAGAUGCGGCUCACAAGCAGCGAGUCGGGCGUGUGGUGGGAGACGGUGGUGGUGAUGCUAAUCUACUGCCCGUGGCUGUACGACAUCGUCCGCAUCGGCUCCGCCCCGGUCAACACCGUGCAGUGCCCCCUUGCGGCCGAUCUGCCGCGCUGGGCGUUCACGUCCUUCACCGUCAUGUGGGUCGCGUUCCAAGCGCUGAUACAUGGGAUCGUCAACAUGUACAGCUCCGUGCUGGGGAAGCGGCGGCGUUUUGACAGCAGCCGCAUGGCGAAGUACGAGGCCGCGCCGCUGUAGCGGCCCCGUCGCGGGCGGGGGCGCUCGCCCGCCGGAGCGGGGCCGAA